AUGUCAAGUAAGGUAUGGAGAUGGGUAAUAGGGUUGAUAUACAUAUUUGCUGUAGCCACGAUUUGGAUUGCAGCCAGUUUUGUAGUCCAGUCUGUAGUGGAUGCUGGCGUUUCUCCGUUCUUGAUCACUUUCAUCUGUAAUUCAUUGUUCGUCGUUUAUCUUCCCCUUUUUGAGAUCGGUCGAUAUCUGGAAGAUGCGUAUGGGAGUGUACUGUUCUGGAGAAACAAAAGGUCGCAUCUACGGGAACUGGUCGAGUCGGAGAAGGCUGUUUUGCUCGGAGAAGAUGUUUCAGGUGCAAAAUCAGAUUCACCGGAAGGUUCAGGGCUUGCUGUGAGAGAUGAGGGAGAUAGUGAGGAAGGCAAUGGAAUUGAGUCUGGAUUAGAAAAUGUAGUAGAGCUUGAGAUUGGUGCUAGUGUCAAUGUUAGUGGUGAAACCUCCAGCAAAGGAUUAGAUGAGAAAGGACGUUGGACACGGAUGCGAGUUGCUAAAGUUAGCCUUGUGAUAUGCCCGUUUUGGUUCUUGGCACAGCUCACUUUCAAUCUCUCUCUCAAGUACACGACUGUUACGUCAAAUACAAUCUUAAGCAGUGCAUCAAGCCUUUUCACCUUUCUGGUAUCACUAAUAUUCUUGGGAGAGAAGUUCACGUGGCUAAAACUCUUCAGCGUCCUUCUUUGUAUGUCUGGGACCAUAAUCGUGAGUAUGGGCGACUCAGAAUCCGACUCAACUGCAACAGCUAAAAACCCUCUUCUGGGAGAUAUUCUUUCUCUCAUCUCAGCGGCGCUAUACGCUGUCUACAUCACUCUCAUACGCAAAAAGCUUCCAGAUGAUGAUGAGAGAAGCGGACGCUUCAGUAUGGCUCAGCUCCUCGGGUUUCUAGGUCUCUUCAACUUCUUCAUUUUCCUACCUGCUGCUCUAAUACUCAACUUCACAAAGCGAGAACGCUUCAACGCACUAACCACGAAACAGUUUGGUCUAGUUGUUGGCAAAGGUUUGUUAGAUAAUGUGCUUAGUGACUAUCUAUGGGCAAAAGCAGUACUUUUGACUACAACAACAGUGGCAACAGCUGGGCUAACCAUUCAGGUUCCGUUGGCAGCGAUUGUAGACAGCUUAUCAGGGAACAAACCAAGCUUCACCGACUACAUUGGUGCUGUAGCCGUAAUGGUUGGUUUUGCAGGCAUCAAUAUUCCUUCAGAGGUGUUUUGCAGAUCCAAAGAGACAGCUAUUGAGUUAGAACCUGGGACUUCCUUCGCAGAUCCUCCUCAGAUUGUGACGGAUAGAAUAGGAGUAGAUUCUUCAGAGACCCUAGUAGUGUCGUGA